AUGGUUUCUUUUUGGCCCUGGAAGGGCGAUGACAACUCUGCGGCUUCUUUUGAGAAGACCCUAUCCACGCUGUCGACUAAGAUCGCCCAGGCUACCGCGCGACUCGACCAGCAACGUCAGUCUUCCCGGCGCAUCAAAGCUCUGUGGACCCUCUACUCGACAUUUGCCUAUCUAUUUUAUUCUAUCGUUCUCGCCCUCAUACUAGGAUGGGAGAGCUGGGGAGUCAAGGAAUAUGCAGCCAUAGUAGGCGGGCCGGUGCUGAUCUACGGUGUGCGCACUCUCAGCUCUAGAAUCUUCGACUACCGAAUUUCCCGCAUCCAACGCCGCCUCGACGAUUUCCAUAAGCAGCGCGAGGAGACCAUCGAAAAGCUCAAGGUCGCGACCAAGUACAACUCCACUCAGCAAUUGCUAGAGAAGUAUGGCGGCGAAUCCCCAAAACCCUCACCGGCCAAGGGACAGGACGAGACACGCCAGCCUGCCCAGCAGCAACAGCACGUGGCCCGCACUGGUCUCCCUCCGCCACCGACUGCGAACAUUCGGCGUCCCUCCGCACCGCAAACCCAGAAUGACCCGCCAUUCCCCAGUUCUCCAUCACCACCUCUCGAGCUACCCCAGGCACCGCAAACACCUCAGCAGCCCUCUUUCCCACCCUCUCUCCCUCCCCAAACAUCCACCGAUCAACCUGGCUUUGCACCGAACGCAUUCACCCAGAACGGUCAAUACAUCGAACAGCCACACUGGUACGAUCGUCUCUUGGACGUUUUGCUGGGAGAAGAUGAAACACAACCCCGCAACCGGAUGGUCAUGAUGUGCACCGCGUGCCGGCUCGUGAACGGUCAGGCACCCCCCGGGAUCAAAACACCGGAAGAGCUGGGCCGCUGGCGGUGCUGUAGCUGUGGAGCUUGGAAUGGCGUGGAAAGUGAGACAACGAAGAUCCUCAGCAGCUUGCGUCAAGAUGCUGUGCCAGGUGAGGGAGCUUGGGAGCCUGUGUCGAAGGCGGAGACGGAUACUCAGUCCUCCGAGAGCAUGGAAGAGGGUGUGAUAGUGGCUUCGAGUGAGGAGGAACAGAUGGAAGAGGCACCUAAGCCUGCCCCUGUCCGACGGUCCAAGCGCGGUGCAAAGGGAAACAAGGCCGAGGAGUAG